UGAGGCUACCUGCGCGACCAACCGUGUGGGGAAACAACACCGAAAACAGCAACAGCUUUUCCACAAUGUUGCUCCACAAAAGUGUCGAACUUCGCUUCCGGUUGUGACCGAUGUGAUGGACAGUGCCAGACGUCCUGCUGAGCCCUGGAGAAGCUGUAAGCUGAUGAUUGACCCUGCUCUAACCAACGGGCUCUACAAAGUGUACCGUUACGAUGGACAGCACUUCAACUUACCGGUGGAGGACUUAGGUCUGGUCCCUGUGGAGGCGGUCAGAGAUCCUCGCGUCUGCAGACUGUGGAGCCAAAGCAACAACGUGGAGCUCCUGCUUUCUAGGUUCAAGGUUGAUGAAUGGUACGUCGGCCCCGUCCCUCCCAAAGAAGUGACCUUUUCCCGGCUGAAUGACAACGUGAACGAGGCGUUCCUCACUAACAUGUGCAAUAUCUACGGGAACGCUGAGGAGGUGGAAAUAUUUUACAACCCGAAGAACAAGAAGCACUUAGGGAUCGCAAAGGUGGUCUUCGACACGGUGAGAGCUGCGAGAGACGCCGUGCAGCACCUCCAUCAGACCUCAGUGAUGGGAAAUGUUAUCCACGUGGAAAUAGAUCCUAAAGGUGAAAACAGGGCGCGGCAUCUGCAGCUGCUCUCCCGAGGCUUUUACACUCCGUGCAUGCUGCCGGUGGGCAGCAGCGAGCCAACGCUCCAGAGCUUAAUCGACAGUCUGCUGGGCAGCGCAGCCAAUCAGCGGCAGCCGAGCAGCUUAAGCCCCACCCUGUCUCUGGACACCGCCUACUCCAGUAUUUGGCAGGACACGCCGGGCAGCUUCGGGCUCACCCCUCGCUCUCAGGGAACUCCCUGCUUCUCCCAGGACUCGUGUUACUCCAGUCUGCAGGCGACUCCCGUCCUGCAGGGGGAGCCCUCCGUCUCCGUCCUCAGUGUCCACAACCCCUUGAGACGUAAACUCGUGGCGAGGUUUCCCAGCAGACGAUCUGCCGAGGACCCUGACGUUUUUUUAAAGCAUUACAACAACGCAACCAGCAGACAGCAGCUCACUCUGUGCAGUCACAACACACAAUCCUCCACUCACAACAACACAGACCUCGCCUCCCCUGCUCAGGAGUCCACGGACGGGUUUGGGGUCACCGGUACGUCUCCAGACUCUUUCAGCAUCCUGAGAUUUAACUUCACAGCCGCCCAGCAGACGGCCGCUUCCUCGCUGCCGCGGCAACACGAACGCGUUACAGACGGUUCUUCCGAGAGUUUGGACUCCCGUAUUGAGAGUUUGCUGACAAACAGCCAGACUGAACCGUCGCACUUGGACAGGAGGACUUUAACGUUUCUUGAUCAGAAUCAGGACAGUCCGACCUCGCCGCUCUCAGACGGCUCGCUUGUUUGCACUUCCUGCGACAUCACAACCGGCUGCCAUUGCCACGACGAUGUGGAGGACGUUGAUGCGUUGUCGCUGGAGGAUGAAACUGCUCAAGCUGUUUUUUUUCUGACGAGAAACUCCCCCCAGUCUCCGUCUGAUUUCACUCAGAAGAUUCACGGAGACACGGAGCAUCAUGCAGCGAAUGAAGACGGGGAGCCCAGACGGUGCCAGAUCUCCCCGGUUCCUCCGGCUCCGUCCGCUCACCUCCCCCCUUCCAUCGCUCCUCCAAACUUUAAAUCUGUCAUCUCCCAUCCACCCGUCCCCCCUUUCCCGUUCCCCGUCCCUCCCUUUCCUCGGUCUGUUCCACCGGUUCCACCUCGCUUGCCGAAUGGCACCAUCCCCAUCCCUCCGCCAGGCUGGAUCCCACCACCGGGCCUGAUCCCUCCUCCAGGCCGUCCUAUCCCUCCUCCAGGCCAUCCUAUCCCUCCUCCAGGCCGUCCUAUCCCUCCUCCAGGCCAUCCUAUCCCUCCUCCAGGCCGUCCUAUCCCUCCUCCAGGCCGUCCCAUCCCUCCUCCAGGCCGUCCCAUCCCUCCUCCAGGCCAUCCCAUCCCUACUGCAGGCCGUCCCAUCACUCCUCCAGGCCGUCCUAUCCCUCCUCCAGGCCGGAUCCCUCCUCCAGGCCAUCAUAUGCCUCCUCCAGGCAAUCCCAUCCCUCCUCCAGGCCAUCCCAUCCCUCCUCCAGGCCGUCCUAUCCCUCCUCCAGGCCGGAUCCCUCCUCCAGGCCAUCCCAUCCCUCCUCCAGGCCGUCCUAUCCCUCCUCCAGGCCGGAUCCCUCCUCCAGGCCAUCCCAUCCCUCCUCCAGGCCGUCCUAUCCCUCCUCCAGGCCGGAUCCCUCCUCCAGGCCGUCACAUCCCUCCUCCCAUCCCUCCUCCCUUCAUUCCUCCCCCUCCAGCUUUCCUCGGACCCCCUCCAUCUUUCCCUGUGCACGCUGCGUACCCGUUACCGCCACGGCCCGCAGGCCCAUUGGAUAAACCUCCCCCGUUCCCUCGACCGCCCUUUCUCGCUCCGCCGUUCCCCAGGUUUAACCCCUUAGUCCCUCCGCCAGACUAUCCCACCGCGCCGAUAAAGAACCCUCACGAAGUCACGGUGGAAAAGGUUUUAGAAGUUAUUGCAGAUGAACUGAAGUCGAUCAUUAAGAAGGACAUAACACGCAGAGUGAUUGAAGGUGGCGCGUUCAACGCGUUUGAGGACUGGUGGGACCGUCAAGAGAAGACAACAAAGAUCCAAGUUUCUCCGGUGAAGAGCGGAGCAGCGAGCGUUCUUCUGAAUCCACUCGGUCACAUCGGCGGCCACAAGAGCCAAAAGCCUCCACUGCCGUCCUUCAGGGUAAAGAGGAGAAGAGACGAUGACGUCGUUAGGUCAGAAGAGACAGAAACUGUAACGUGUUCUACUCACCAAAGCUCAGAUGUGAAACAGGGCGAGGACGAAGCCAGACUUUGUUCUGAGAGAACCAAACGCAGACACGCACGCCCGCACGCACUCGACAGCGACGACGACGAUGAUUAUGAUGAUGAUGAUGAUGAUGGAGAGAAGGAAGAAGAAGAAGAAGAGAACACGCUUCAGGAUGAAGAAACAUCAGAAGAAGUGGAGGCGACUGGCCCGGCUGCUGCGGAUCCUCAAAGUCUGUGUGAUAGAGACGAAGGUGAUGGCGCUGAUCAUCUGGAGGAAGAAAAACCCGCCGAGGACGAAGACGCUGUCCCAAGCAGCGACGGAGAGCGGGGCUCAGAUGCCGCAGAGAGUUCUCCAGAGAGCAGCUGCUCGGAGGAGAGCCAGUUCUCCUCCGAGCAGCUGGAGAGUUUCGAAGACUCGUCGUCCUGCGACAUCAGUCCCGAAGAGGAGGAGGAGGAGGAGGAGGAAGAGGAGGAAGAGGCCGCCCGCGAGGACGCCGAGUGUAUCGUCAUCUCGUCAGACGAAGAGCCAAUGGAGACGGAGAUGUCGGCCCCGCUGACCCCCGGCGCUCUGCUGGAACCGGAAGAGAUCCACAACACUUCCUGUUUCCUGGAGGAGAACCAGAACUCUUCCUGUUUCCUGGAGGAUAACCAGAACUCUUCCUGUUUCCUGGAGGAGAACAGGAACACUUCCUGUUUCCUGGAGGAAAACCAGAACUCUUCCUGUUUCCUGGAGGAGAACAGGAACACUUCCUGUUUCCUGGAGGACAACCAGAACUCUUCCUGUUUCCUGGAGGACAUGAUGGAGCUGCAAACCAGCGAGCGCCAGGACCACCGCCCGCCUCCGUCGCCUGCAGGACUCCCAGCGGCCGAGCCACACCUGGACGUGGAGAUGGAAAGCCCUGAUUGGGCGGAGGAGUCUCCCUGCAGGCCGGUGACUCCGACCGGCUCCCUGCCGGACAGCGACCCAGACCUCCGGCUCAGAAGCUCGUCUCCGGCAGCGGAGGAGGUGGAGCGGCCGCCGACGCCGGGGAAAGGGAUCGUGGUCGGACCGGACAGCGAAGACUCUGCCGACGAUGACGUUGUGUCUCUCUCCUCGGCAGACAGCGAGCUCGUUCUCGCUCCCUCUGACCCCCCGGGCUCGUUCCCUUCGUACCAGGAAAUGCCCCAAACUCCCGGCAGAGAGGAGAGGCUUGGAUGGACUCGGUGCUGCUCGCCACCGGUGAUUAACCCGUACGUCACGGCCCCGAAGACUCCCGGGAGAGACAUCAUCAUACCCAGAAGAUCCUUAUUCCACACGAGGAAGACACAAAGCCUCUCGGAGUCUUCCUCCGACUCCUCCGACGGGAACGCUGCCUGGAUGAGUUCCUGCGUGAGAGCGAAGCCGCUGCGGGGGCUGGAGAACAUGCCGGGGCGUCUGGGCGAGACGGAGAAAUCCUUACGGAGGAGAAAACACUGGAGGAGGCGAAGGAGGAGGCUCCGUCAUCGGAGGAGGAUCGCCCGUUCCCUGUCCUCGCAGCGUGAGCCUGGGCCGUGGCGUUCCCGCGGCCAGGAGACCAGGAUCCUACACAGCGUGUGGACGGACGGCCUGGACGAAGAAGACGCGCGGCUGCUGCGGUGCACGUACGAGCGGCUGCAGGAGGUCGACAGCAGCCUCGGCUGGAUCAGCGACACGCGUUGGGUUCCUCACCCUCUGACUAAAGUCGUUGCGGAGAAGAGUUCGGAACACGAUCACCGGACCGGCUCGGCUCGCAGCGAAGGUUUCUACAGAAUCAGCCGGAGAGAGAAGAUGAAAUAUCUCAACGACACGACGCCGGCGGCUGAGCUUCCCUCGACCAGCUCUCAGCAGGGAACGAGUUCGCUGCGUGCUGGAUCGGACUUCCGCUCGGAGCAGCGCCGCCUGCUGGCGUCCUUCAGCUGCGACAGCGACCUGCUCAAGUUCAACCAGCUCAAGUUCCGGAAGAAGAGGAUCCGUUUCAGCCGGAGUCAUAUUCACGAGUGGGGCCUGUUCGCCAUGGAGCCGAUCGCAGCAGACGAGAUGGUGAUCGAGUACGUGGGACAAAUCAUCAGACAGGUGGUGGCUGACAUGAGGGAGCAGCGGUACGAGGAGCAGGGCAUCGGGAGCAGCUAUCUGUUCCGGGUGGACCAGGAAACCAUCAUCGACGCUACCAAAUGGGGGAACCUGUCGCGCUUCAUCAACCACAGCUGCAGCCCUAACUGUUAUGCAAAGAUCAUCAGUGUGGAGUCUCAGAAGAAGAUCGUGAUUUACUCCCGGCAGCCGAUCAGCAUCAACGAAGAGGUCACGUACGACUACAAGUUCCCCAUAGAGGAGACCAAGAUCCCCUGUUUGUGUGGAGCGGAGAGCUGCCGCGGCUCCCUCAACUAAACUCUGACAGAAUGUCUGAUUAUUAAUGGCUCUUCACACAGGGAGUGACAGUCCGCCUGCGUAGUCGCGUGGAUCCGCGGACUCUACUGCACUCCUCAUGUGAACAGACAAGCGGGCAACGCUCCGCCUGUAAACGCCAGGCGAUCGGUGUGUGGUAACCAUCGAGUAGGGAUGAAACUCACUCUGUGUGAGUUCUCACUUGGACCAACAAGCCACUAUUUUGGCUGAAAUCUUUUCCACAUGUUUUGCAAGAAUAUGACUUCUCACUAGGGAUGCACCGAAUCCAGAUUUUCAGGGUUCGGCCGAAUACCGAAUCCCCUGGUUGAGAUUGUGCUGACUCCUCCUCCCAU